CCUCAUUACAACAAACAACAACAACAAACAAACCGGAUAAUAACAAUUAUACAGGGAGGGGUCUCUUUUUUAUUUUAUUUUAUUUUAUUUUUAUUUUCAAUUGACAGAAAAUGUCCCCCUCAGCCGAGUCCGCAAACGGAGAAUGGACGCCGUCCUCCUGGCGGUCCAAGCCGAUCAAGCAGCAGGCCGUGUACCCCGACCCGGCGGCCGUGCGCCGCGCAACCUCGGAGCUCAGCCGGCUGCCGCCCGUGGUCCAUCCUCGGGAGAUCGCGCGGCUCAAGGCCAGCUUGCGGGACGUCGCGCGGGGCGAGGCCUUUCUGCUGCAAGGCGGCGACUGCGCCGAGCUGUUCGACUACUGCCGCGCCGACGCCAUCGAGUCCAAGAUCAAGCUCCUGCUGCAGAUGAGCCUGGUGCUCAUAUGGGGCGCCGACAAGCGCGUCGUUCGCAUAGGACGCAUGGCCGGCCAGUAUGCGAAGCCCAGGUCGAGCCCGACCGAGAAGGUCGUUGACGAGAACGGCGAGGCCAAAGAAGUCCCCUCGUUCCGUGGCGACAUCCUCAACGGCUACCACCUCGACGAACGCGAUCUAGAUCCCCAGAGGCUUGUAAAGGCUUACCAUCACUCGGCUGCUACUCUAAACUAUGUGCGAGCUGCCAUCGCCGCAGGCAUCGCAGACUUACACCGUCCCCUGAACUGGACCCUGGGCCACGUCAAGGACCCGCAGCUCAAGGCCAAGUACACCGAGGCCGUGCACUUCCUGCAGGACAUGCUGCGCUUCAUGCACACCAUCGGCGCCGACCGCAGCCCCAAGCUCGACACCGUCGACCUGUACACCAGCCACGAGGGUCUCCUGCUCGAGUACGAGGAGAGCCUCACCCGGCUGAUGGAAAAGCCCAUCCUGCCCGGCGACGAAGAGGCCGCCCCUGAAUCGGCGACGGCGGCGGCGACGGGGGAGCCCAAGAUGGAAUACUACGACACCUCGGCGCAUUUCCUCUGGAUCGGCGACCGCACGCGGCAGAUCGACGGCGCGCACGUCGAGUUUUUCCGCGGCAUCGCCAACCCCAUCGGCAUCAAAGUAGGUCCCACGACGCCUACGUCGGACCUGCUCGCGCUGCUGCGGACGCUGAACCCCUCGCGCGAGGUCGGCAAGAUCACGCUGAUCACGCGGUACGGGGCGGCGAGGGUGCGGGAGCUGCUCCCGGGCCACAUCCGCGCGGUCGAGGGGUCCGAGUACCGGGGCGCGUGCAUCUGGCAGUGCGACCCGAUGCACGGCAACACGCGGUCGACGGCGACGGGCGUCAAGACGCGGCGCUUCGGCGACAUCUUCGACGAGCUGCGCGAGACGCUAAGCGUCCACCGCGAGGAGGGCAGCUACCUCGGCGGCGUGCAUCUGGAGCUGACGGGCGACGCCGUGACCGAGUGCGUGGGCGGCAGCGAGGGGCUCGACGAGGACGACCUGUCCACCAACUACACCAGUUUCUGCGACCCUCGGCUGAACGAGAAACAGGCUCUCGAACUCGCCUUCUUGGUGGCCGAUUCGUACCGCCAGGAGAGGAAGGAUCUCCUUCGGCAUUAGAGAGAGGAUGGGGGUGGAAGAGUUAUGUAUGUAUGUAGCUCAAUAAAAAAAGAAGAUGGAAUUGAAUACAUGAACAAGCAUGGAGUGGCAUGGCAUGGCAUGGCAUAAGAAAAGGACCCUUAGUGGACCAUGGGAAAUGAUGAUGGGAUGGGUUUUAUUUAUGAAAGCAAGCUAAAAAGGCAGUUACCUGGUAUAGAAAAGUCCGUCAUUUUGCAACAGAGAUCUAAAUUAUCAUGCCGCGGCGACGUAUGAUAGCUUAGCAGAGUACGUAUUGCCAAUUACGAAGCGAGGCUAUCGUGAAUUAUUACUAUAUUCUAGGUAUUUACUCUACAAGAGGUAGCUAGCUGUAUAGAGCAAAGCGCCGUGCCGUGCCGUAUCAUACCUUCGUAGUCGACACGAAUCCUCCCGACCUUUCCUCCCU